CGAGGGUUACUUCUGUGUUUGUGCAGGAUGGAAUGACCUUGGUUUCCGGAAUCCUGACAUGAUAACCCCAAACAUCGACAAACUGGCCACAGAGGGGAUCAUCUUCGAUAAUGCAUACGUCCAGCCUCUUUGCAGCCCAUCCCGUACCGCUUUUAUGAGUGGAAUGUAUCCUUUCCAUACAGGCAUGCAGCAUAUGGCACUUGUCCGUGACCAAUCAGUGUGUGUGCCCCUCAACUUUACAUUCCCCCCUCAGGAACUGAAGAAACUCGGCUAUGCUACGCACAUGGUUGGAAAAUGGCAUCUUGGCUUUUGCAAGUGGGAGUGCACCCCAACGUACCGAGGCUUUGAUAGUUUCUUUGGUUAUUAUGUUGCGGUUGAAGACUACUUCACUCACUCUGACGGGGGGUACUUGGACUUCAGAGACAAUACGCUUCCCUCAAGAAACUAUUCUGGAGAAUAUUCUGCUAACACAUUCGCCCAGAGAGCCGUUGACAUCAUCCAUCGUCACAAUGUAUCACAACCGUUGUUUAUGUACCUCCCGUAUCAGAGCGUGCAUGCUCCUAUUGAGGUCCCGAAGAGAUAUGGGGAUAUGUAUCCAAAUGUGAUUAACGAAGGGCGGAGACAAUACAGCGGAAUGGUCUCUGCACUGGAUGAGGCAGUGGGAAAUGUUACCAAAGCCCUGAAGGAUCGGGGUUUGUUUGAAAAUACUCUGAUUCUAUUCACCGCAGAUAAUGGAGGCCCCAUCCAAUCAUAUGCAAACAACUGGCCUCUGAGAGGAGGGAAGUACACGAUCUGGGAAGGGGGCACGAGGGGAGCAUCCUUCAUGCAUGGUGCUGGGCUCCAGAAGACUGGGACAACACACGAUGGAAUGAUCCACGCUGUCGACUGGAAGCCCACUUUAGUAUCUGCUGCUGGGGGAACACCAGAAACUACCAUUGAUGGAAUAAGUCAGUGGGAUUCUAUUCGAAAUAGCCUCCCCUCUCCAAGGACAGAGUUCAUCUACAACAUUGACUACUUUGAAGAUGCCUUAGAAGGGCAUGCUGCAAUAAGGGUAGGAGACUACAAACUAAUCCUGGGGUAUCCUGGAGCUUUCGACGGCUGGCACAAACCCAUGAACAGAACCGAGGAUGAUGUCUUUGUACAACCCGUUUUCUAUGCGGGAGAUGAACCAGUCCAGCUCUUUAACGUUCGAGACGAUCCUACUGAGCACAGCAACCUUGCACCAACGAUGUCGGAUAUGGUGGCGAAGUUGCAAGCCAGGCUGGAGGAGUACAAGAAGACUAUGGUGCCAGCCAAUUAUCCUGAUGGAGAUCCUGCUUCUGACCCAAGACACUUUGGAGGUGUCUGGAGCCCUGGGUGGUGCUAA